AGCAGCUUUAUUGGCUCUAUGGUCUCCAUUGAUUGUGGACCCUUGGGCACUUACCAGGGGCAUGUCCAGAAAAUUGAUCCUAUCAUGAACACCCUGACUAUCACUCAUGCAUUUCAUAAUGGUCUUCGUUGUGAUCAGUCUGAAGUGAACUUAAGGUCUGUCAACCUUUAAAUUGAUAUUUUCUUCUGAAAUUAUUUAUUAUGGAAAUGAAACAAGUAUUUCCUUUGAAUUGCAUUGACUUCUGUAUUUCAUUUAUUUAUUGAAAUUACAUUUCAAAAAUUAAUUUCUUUACUUACAGUUCAACUGCAAUUCGUGAUAUCAAAAUUAUCCAUGCAUCACAUGAGGCUAAAGAAAUCAUUACCAGAAAAGCUACUCCAUCCAAAAUGACCAAAGAAAUAGAUGAAGUAACUAAACCCAUCUGUUCUUCGCCCAUAAAAAUUAUCAAAGCUGCCUCAAAAGCUCGUACAGGCUUCCAGAGUGCUGCCCCACCUGGGUCAGGGAGUGUUAGUAAUGGAAAUAACAACCAAGGAAAGAGCAGUUGUCGACGGAAACUCUCGCCUCCCGACAGCCCCUCAAAGAUAAACGAUGUCGGAGUAGGGAUGAAUGGGACAAGGCCAAGGAUAAGCAAAAGUGCAAACAGGGAGGCUUCAAUACAAGAAGUAGUGGAGCAUGCACAGGGAAAUGGACAUGGUAUGUGUCAUUCAGUCUUAAAGAUAAGCUUACUAGUUUUAAGAUAUUUGUUACCAAUUUCUUUUCCACUUCUUAAAGAUAAGCUUACUAGUUUUAAGAUAUUUGUUACCAAUUUCUUUUCCACUUUUUAAAGAUGAGCUUUGAUUUCACCAUUUCGGUCCACUUAAGACCUUUUACUUCAAAACCAUAAUUUUUAUUUCUUUUAAAUGAUUGAACAAACUUUGCCUGUGAUAUUUGUAAAAUGUUUUAAUAUUUUUUAUUUGUGCUGAAUGAUGCAUUUGUCGACUUAGUCAAAGCCAACCAGCUGAUAAAAAUGUUAGUAAAAUCUAGACAUAUGUACUCACAGUUUACUGUGGGUCUGUGUUCUAAGGCCACAUUGUUGAUUCUAACUUUUUUUUAUAAAUUUUCGCAACAGAGAUUUCAAAAUAUGUAAAUCAAGGAUCUGCCAAACUUUGAUCCAUAAAAAUUUGUUUAAAUUUCUAAAUACCCUGGGAUAUUCGGAACCUGGAUCAAUUGUGUCUAGAUGAUGAGGUUUCAGAGUUAUACUAUCAAUGGUGCAACGACAGAUUUUUUUUUUAAAAUGCGAGUUGGGAAUUCAAUUGUUACAUUUUUUUAAAAAUGAUUGAGCCUUCUGUAUUUUCUGAUCAUUAUUUGGAAAGGUAGAAAAGGUCAUAUCAGUAUAAUUUUACUAUUACUGUAUGUUUGCUGUUGCACUUGUCUGGAAUGUAAAAGGUGUCCAUUGAAUAUAUUUACUGCACUAAUUGAGAUGCAUAUUUUUUUAUAUUAAAAAUUUGAAUAUUGACAGGAAGCAAUGGGGGACUUAAAUAUCAGUCUGAUUAUUGUGGCGAUCAAGGGAGGAAGCCGUCGGCAUCCCGGAAGAUGGAGAGAGUGAAACGGGGAGCCAAUUCUCGGAACAGUGAGUGCUUCAGUGCACCAACAGACUCAUUCUUGCAUGAAUUUGACUUUGAAUCUAAUUUGGCCCUGUUCAAUAAAAAAGAGGUCUUCCAGGAAAUCGAGAGUGGUUUCCCUGAACUCAGUCUGGACCCUGAUCCCAGUGAACAAAAAUAUCGCCACGAUGAAAACAUUUUACAGCCUGGGGAGAGCAAUGUCCCUGUGAUGAAGCAAGAGAUUCAGGUCCCAGGGCCAAAGUCAGAGCUUUAUUAUACAGGUGAGAUUAGAGUAAUAUCCUUUUGCAAAUGGUUUCUUUUCCGUAAUUUUGGUUUUGUAGCAUACAUUUUGUUUGACUUCAUUUAAUUAAACGAAGGCUUAAAAUCUUUGUGAUAAAAGUGUGUGAUCUGUUUUUAAAGCAGGUAUUUGGCAAAUGUACUUGUGUUUUGUUUAAUAUUUGGUUUAAUAGGAUUUGUUUGUUUUUUUUUUAGUUACAAUUGGUGAACUUCAUUUUUCAUGAGCAUUAAAGUAGGUUCAGGUGUAGGAAUCGCAAUUAAAAAAAAAACGUUUAGGUAAAAAAUGUGCUACAAAUUUUAUUGUUUUGUACCCCUGUGCCAACAGAUACAGGGUUGGUGGUUCCUUCUAUAAGUCUUGAAUUGAGAGAUAAACUGUGUGAGGCAGCAUCACUGUGUGGUCUAACCUACACAAGGCAGCUAGAGGCAUUUGGAAGGGCAGCUAGUGAAAUGGUGAUUCAUUUGAUAGGAGGCAGCCACAGGUACAUGUUUACUUAUUUGCUCACCUUUUCCAAGCAAAAUCCACAUUUUUUUUUUGUUAGUUUUCCCACAGUUUUAUUAACCCUUACCCGCCCUAAAUGAUUUCUCCUUUUUUCAAUUUUCAAUAAUAGCUGCAUUAAAAAAUGUACCUGGUAUCACCAGCAUGUUAUAGAAUGAAGUAUAUAUUUUUAAGCUCCAUCUGCUUUUCAUUUUCCAUCAUCAUUAGAUCUAACAUUUCCAGCAUUUAUCACUUAUUAUAUGAGGCUAGCAUGACUAUUAUGAGAUACGUUUGAUGACAUUAGGUCUGUGUCUAAAUUUCAUCUGUGCCGUGUUUUUUGUUUUUGUUAUCAGGAUCCACCCAAAGAAUAAUCACCAGAUGCCUGUUGUGGUGAUCUUGUGUGGACCCCAUGAGCACGGGGCGCUGGGCGUGUGCUGUGCACGCAUUCUGUCCUCCCAUGGGGUUCAGGUCUCUCUGCUCAUGCCAAGUGCCGCCCCACUGCCCCCCAUCCUGACGCAAGAGCUGGAGCUGUACAGAUUAUCUGGGAGCAAACUAACCCAUACUGUCAAAGGUAUGUGCGGUUGACUUUUCAUUUGAUAAGGUUUAAAAUUUAAUGAAGUUAAAAAAAAAACAAAAAAACCUUAAUUACCAGUGUCAAUGUCUAAGUGCUUUUUGUCUCUUCAAUUUUAACCACUUCAUUACUGAUGACGUCGACGUGACAUCACGGUCACCCACUUUCAAUUACCAAGGACGUCACAUUGUCGUCAUAACAAAAAUUUAAGAACUUUUCUAAAAUACAGAGGACGUCACGUCGUCGUCAAAUUGCAAUGCUAUUUAUUUCCUUAUUUGUUAAUGAUAGAGAAGUUAAAAAGCGAAUCGGAUAGAGAAUGAAGUAUACAGAAAAUUUCAUCUUUUAAGUUUUUUUUUGUUUACUGAGUCAGCAAAAAUCGAUGCCCAAGACCCUGUGGUAAUGAAGUGGUUAAAUGAAAUUUCAAGUUACUAAACAAAUGCACUUUUCCAAAACCUCUAAUAUGAAGACUAUUUUAUUCCUUCCAUUUAAUUUGAUUUGUGCUAUCUAAAAAUGUUGCAGGUCUCCCUGAUACCAUAGAUUUGAUAGUCACUGCCCUGGACUCAACCACUGACCCUUCACUCACCCAGCAACAGUGGUACCAGAGUGUGGCUGCCUGGAUGAAAAGUAGUGACAUUAGGGCACAGGUCCUAGCACUUGAUCCACCAGCCCCUGGGCCAGGCAUCCCAGCAAAGUGA